AUGAAUGUCGCUUUGUUAAGUAAGUGGAAGUGGAUAAUUCUCGUGGAGGACGAUGCGGUUUGGAGUGGCCUUCUUAGAUCUCGGUACGGGAAUGUCAAAAAAAGAUCCUUAUUGGUGAUUCUUCGGUGGUGGAGAAAAACAAUUCAAUUUGGUGGAGAGACAUCCUUUUAUAAUUAUGUCCUUUUGCUUAAUGAUAAUUUUUCAGGGGUUGUUUCUUGUGAUCUCGGGAAUGGUUUCGACAUCCCGUUUUGGUACAGUAAUUGGGCCGGUGGGCAGCAGUUAUCUCAGGCCUUCCCGGAACUACUUGUUUUGUCCAAGGACGACAAGUUAUCGGUAGCGGAGGCUGGUUUUUAUGAUGCGGAAGGCUGGCAGUGGAGUGCAGCCGCUAUUCUUCGAGGCAGCAGCACCGGGACAGCAGCAACGCAGUUGCACAGUAGCGAUACGAUUGAUUUUUUAUGGGGUGAUCUUGUGGAUAGCAUAAGGCAUACAAGUCCUAGAGAGAAUGCAAAAGAUAUUUUUUCGUGGAACGCUACGUUGGAAGGCGUCUUCUCCGUCAAAUCUUGUUAUAACUUAUUCAAAGCAAGAUUAUCCGGCCCCCCUAUUAGCCCUCUUAUAGUCAAAUCUGUGAAGCAUCUUUGGAAGGUAAAAGCGCCUCCUAAAGUGAUGUUUUUUGGAUGGAGGAUUAUUCAUAAUAGAUUAGCUACCAAGGAUCAAUUGAUAAAGCGGGGAAUUUUGAUGGAUGGUGUUGAUUCGGAUUGUGUUUUUUGUUCUACGGAGUCGGAAAGUCUUUCUCAUUUGCUUGGGGGAUGUUUAGUGGUGGAAGCUAUAUGGAGAAAAGUAUACGAGUGGAUAGGUCCCGUGGAUGAUUUAACUUUGGAUGAGUUCAAAGGGUUUCUCUUUGAGUUUGAGAAGGUGAAGAAUUUAGCCAAGAGAUCCUUAGUUACGGUGAUUUGGUUAGCAUCGGUGUGGAGUAUUUGGAAUAGGCGUAAUGAAUUCAUCUUCAAGAAUGAUUCAUUUAGCUUUACCGAAUGUUUAUUUAUCUCACUUCAUUUUGUACUUUGCAGAUUAGGGGAGGCUCCAUCUUCUUAG